GAUGAUACUGCUCAUUGGAACAUACCGAGAUACGUUGACGUCACAAGUAAUGUCUCUGUUCUUCACCAUUGACGUCACAUUCAACCCUGUUCAAUUAUAACCUCGUGUGGCAUUGAUGGACGCUAUCGAAGGCCUACAUCAGGAGGACAUUGGUAUUUCAAACGUUUUAUGUCAAGUCUAAAGAAAUUGCGUACCUUCAAGGAGACGGAGUGACUGCAAGGAUUUGUCAACAACCUUUGCCAUUGAACGCAAUUCUGAAUGGAUAUAAAAUGAUACAUACUUGCAUGGAACAUUAACUUGACAGGCUUGAUGCAGAAGAGGCAGCGUGAACAGUUAUCGGUGUUCUAAAACAUCGUCGAAACCUCAAUGUUUCAGCAUACCCAACAAGCUUGGACAACCUCCACGAGAUAAUAAACUUGAAGAAAUUUCACAGUUUCAGUCAGCCUCAGGGUUUGGCCUGGACCAACCAUGUCGUGUAACCUUUCCAGCAUGCGAAUGAACUCUUUAGAGUCUAUCUGGUACUGUAACUUGGCUGUAGUCAUCACGAUGUUCUUGGUAUUUGAUGGUAACCGCAGAUACAGACACUAUGAUUCGCUUAAAUGGCCAGAAGGAGAGCGACCCACCCCUGAGUUAAGGUUGUACCUUUGUCUGAUCAUCAUGGCCGCACUCCUGAUCACCGCCUUCAUACCUACCCAAUACUUCAAGGUCGGGAACCACGCCAACGACCAGUCCAAACUCGGAGCUGCCAAACGGAAGCGGAAGAAAAAGAAACCCGACGAGACUAAGACUCCUAAGGAUUGUCAACAAGGUGAUGCCAGAGGGGACGAGGAGUCCAUCGCCCACAUCAUCCGAGUGGCCGUCCAGACUGUGCGGUCAUGUCGGAAACAUCUAGGACCCAUAGGGGCGACUAUCCAUAUCACAUCGGCGUUCUGUCUUCUCCUCCCUGUCAUCUUUCUCCAAGCCAGGGCGAUACAAUCCGGUCUUCUACCACCAGAAAUGAUCUGGAAAUCGGAGGUUGGGGAAAUAUUUCUCGUCGAGGACUCCACAAACAUCACCUACCUAAGAAUGCAUGCAUUCGUCGCCCCAUCUAUCGAAUAUCAAUCCAUCUUACCCACUGAAUCGACUCCGUCAGCAGAGCACCAGUCUGACCCGGUCUCAACUCUUGAUGACUCGUUCAGCACAGUCGUAGUGACAAUCAACUACCUCAAUUACGUGGUGCCACUCUUCAUCUACGCCAUCCGUUACGCGGACGUAUUUUGGGAGUGUCAUAAAGGUUUCGCGCUUUUGAUUUCCAUACAACUGAUGAUGAAUGCGGUACAAUAUGCAUUAGGUUUUAUCGGCAUGUCACUACUAUAUAAACUACACGGGUUCGGUUGGGAGAAGUACAACAUUGGCGCGAAACCAGUGUUUUCGUCGGGACCCUCAUUAAUUCCAGCAUACUUAAUCAACAAUAUCACGGUAUUCGUAGCAGCGGCCAUUUUGUAUUUGUACGGGUUCGGUCGCCUGAAGCAUAAUCAACUGAGGAGGACUAGAAACAGCGACGAUGUCCCGAUAGAGACCUUAUUCGUUCUCAAAUAUAAUGGGUUUCUGCCACAAAUUGCCGCCAUGGGUGCGCUUGUUGUCUUCAUUUCUUGCAAGACUCCAUUCAUACUGGAAUACAUGAGCGUUUAUCGGCUUUCCGGGGACCAGAGAAUGCUUUGCUGCGUUGUGUUUGAUAGUUUAUACAUCGUGGUGUGGUUCGUACUCUGGGUAUUCCUGACGAUCAAGAGACACUGGGCUUUCCGCCACGUCCACCACAUUCACGACUACGGACUCUACGACAGGGGAAUACCUUUGCAGUUGACAGAGGGCGUUGAACCAUUUCCCCGUCAAGACAAGUCUCUCACGGAAACCCAGCUCACCGGUACUGCGAAACCGAGUGAUCCAGAAGAAUGCCAAUGCAAGAAGAAGAAAUCAACCUUCCCAAACGGAUACCUCCAAAUGAAAUACACACAGAAUGGAGAACUUGUCGACAAGUACACGAAAGUCAGUGACGUUGAAACACCCGUCGACGAGGUCCAUCUGCCGCCUGUAGAUCGUCCUACGGUAGUCGAUCCGAACGUGCCCGAUGAAACAGACGUUAAUAUAUUUUCGAAUCCAUUGUCUACGGCAUAGCAAACGGUGAUGCAUAUUUUAAAUGCUUGAUUGUUGCAAAUAUAUGCAUCUGUUAUUUGAUUAUAAUUUUAAAGAAAAAUCAAACAGGUGCUAAUUAGUUAUUAGCGAUUGGCAGAGCUGUCAAGUAUACCAAUUUUCCGUGUUUAAUACCGAAAAUGAGAAGAAUACUGAUGGUUUCAUGCAAAAUAUUGAUUUUUAAAGUUCCAGUUUUAUGUGUAUUACUCACCAAAAUAUUGAUUUUCCGCUUUUAAGAUACUGAAAUCUUCUUGUUCAGGUUGGCAGCUCUGGAUUGAACCCUGCGUGAUUUGUUAAGACGUAAUGCUCUCAAUAUCCAAUUUUCUGAAUUACUGUGACGUAAAAAAUUGAUCCGCAAAGUUGUUAAUCCAGGUUUUACGUGUUUAAAUUCAUGCUAGGGCCUUACGUGAAUCUUGAAUCAUCAUUGUAAUGAUGAUUGCUAUUGUAAUCGUGACUGUGAUUAGCGUUCGUGAUUCUAAUCAUGUUCUAGUUUGGUUUCACUCGUGCUAAAUAUUCGUCAUUAGCCUUAUUUUGUACUGGAAUCAUCAUUCAAAUUACGAUUUUUUUACCGUGUGAAAGGGCGGAAUAUAGCGCAGCCGAGAGUAAAGUACGGCCAUCAUUCCUCUAAAAAAUAACGAGCGUCUCUUAUAUUAUAAUUGAUUAAACGGGGGAUUAAAGGUUUUAAAUUAUAUCAAAGAAAUUCUCCUAUUCGAAUGGACAAUCAAUGAAUGAGCGACUAACUUCCCUUUCACGCGGUAAAAACAAAUCGCAAUUUUCAUUUCCAUUGAAAAAUAAGGCGAAUUAUGAAUUUUUAGCACGUGUGAAACCAAACUAGAAUCACGAACGCAAAUCACAAUCACGAAUUCAAAUUCUACUCCGAAUGUGAAUUCCAGUUAAGUUUCACUCAGAUUACGGUACGAAUUGCCCCUGUGACAGGACCGAUGAUUCUAAAAACGAAUUGCAAUCAUUAAAAUGGUGAUUCAAGAUUCACGUGUGAAAAGGCCCUAAGUUUAUCCACGUUUGAGUGCAGUUUACCCAACGAUGGAAAUAUUUACCCAUUUUAUGAACGAAUGAAAACUUAUUAGUCAGCAACUAGAGGACUGAUAGCUUGACUCUUGAGGUCAUCCGUGGAGGAUUUGGUGCCUUACCAAAGGACAUUAUUGUGCAUUGACUUGGAAAUAAUAUCUUUAGAAUCUCCUGAAGUUCAAUUAUCUCAACUCGUUGAUUGUCAUGAACAUGAUGAAGAAACCCUUUUGUUUAUCUCAUUUCUAGGGGCGGCGGAACGUACUGUCGUUUGGAGGGUGGGCAAAGCCAAAAAAGGGUACUUAUAUCAAAAUUGGCAUUUAUGUGCAAAAGGAUAUUUUCACCAUGAGAUAAUCAUUUGUGUGUUUUGUAGCAAAAAAAAAUUUAAGUGAUUUUUGAUUGACAAGAUGUAUAAUAUUUUGGUUUAUAUUUCCGCGAGCGAGCGGUUUGGAAAAAAAAAUCAAAUCUGAAGUUGAAAAGUUCGCAUUUUGGUAAAUUAUGGCGCUGGUUACUGUUAAAAAGGCAUCCUUGUGAGAUGUUGCGAGCGUGAAUCACAAGCUCAAACUUUUGGACAUUUCAUGUAAUAAGACAUGAAAGGUAAACAUUUCGAGCUGUUUUUUAAUCAUGAAAAAUAUGUGUAUCUAUCUUUAAAAAGAACAAUGCAAACGCGAAGCGCGAGCUGAAAAUUUUAGGAUAAUGACCUGAAAUUAACCUCUGAAAGACUGCAAUUAAUGACUCAUGAAUAGGGGAAAUAUCUCACCAAUCGAAUAAUGCGAAUACUAAGCGCGAGCUGAAGAUGUGUGGUAUUCUAACCUGAAAUCUGGACAUUCUAAGAAUAUUUUGUAACCAGGAACUGAAUGAGUACCUUACUAAACAAUACAUGAUGCGAGCGCGAAGCGCAAGCCAAAAAAUUGUGAUUUUCUAACCUAGAAUGUAUUAUGUUUUACUUCAAAAAGGGUACUUCAUUUUGAAAAAGGACACAUUUCAUUUUGAAAAAAGGGCAUUUUCCAUUCUGAAAAAAGGGCAUUUUCCAUGUUGAAAAAAGGGUAUUUUCCAUUUGGAAAAAAAUGUUUUUUUUUCUUACAGGGAAUUCUGUUCGGUUGCGCCGCCCCUGCUCAUUUCCUACUUCAAUGGAUUACUUUCGGACAUAAUUCAUGUUUUUCGAUGUUAGCUUCCCUCGAUCCCCUCAGUUUCAUCGCUCAGAUGGAGAUUUUUAGUUUAGUUCAGUGGGGAAAUAUUUUCCCCAAGCAUGUGGAGUAGUGAAAGAUGCAACCGCACAAUUUCGCCAUACGCCCCCAUGCGAUCACAAACAAAAAAACGAUAUAUUUUGUCAAAUUCGUCACACCGAGUUUGAACAAAAAAAAUUAUACUAGAGCGUCUGUUUUGAAAUUAUGAGUCACGUGUUCCUGAUAUGAUAUGCUCAAAUGGGGUGAGUCAAAGGGAUGGUGUGCUGUGUCGAUUGUUACCCCUCCACUCCCGUAGACGCCAUUUAAAACGUCAUCUUUCGGGGCCUUAUCCUGUUGCUAUCAGCGAUCUUUUCCUUUUUCUUGAAACAUAAUUACAAGUCAAAUCCACCCCCCAAAAAAUGUUGAUUCGAAUAAACAGAGAAAAUUAAACCAGCAUAACGCUGAAAACUUCAUCAAAAUCAGGUGUGAAAUAAGAAAGUUAUGACAUUUCAACGUUUCGCUUAUUUUUCACAAGCCAGUGAUAUGCACAAUCCAGUGACAUGCAAACGGGACAGUCGAUGGUGUCCUUCACUCACUAUUUCUUUUGCUUUUUAUUGUUUGAAUUAUACAAUAUUUAUUCUUUUUACUUACGUAUUUGACAAUAACCACCAACUUGACUGAACCAUAUACUAUCAAACAGUGCUGAUUCCACAGGUUCAGGGAGUAAUCAAUCGUUGUGUUACUUGCCAAUGAGGAGAAAAUUAGAAUAUUUUAUAUAAUGAAAUACAAAAGAAAUAGUGAGUGGAUGACGUAAUCGGUCUCCUCAUUUGCAUACCAACCAGGAUGUGCAUAUAACUGUUUUGUGAAAUUUAGAAAAACUUUAAAAUUUAUUUUACAACCGAUUUCGAUGAAAUUUUCAGUGUUAUAUGCUUGUUGGAUUUUCUCUUUAUAUUUGAAUCAACUUGUUGUUAGGAUGGACUUUUCCUCUCCCACCAUGCUUUCCCCACAGAAUAAAAUAUCAGGGCAUAGCACCCCCCCCCCCCUUCUCUCUCUCUCUCUAUCUCUCUCUCUGUGAAAACAAUCCUUUUGACAUUCAUUAACUAUGAUAAGGAUCUACAUUAAUUGUAUUGCUCAUGAUUUUAGAGCAGCCCUAAUGUCAAAGCCGAAUAUCAUAUUUUUUAUAUUUACCUUCUUGCAUUAUGUUAUAUUGAUACAUAUUGAUGUGAUUACAUUUAUGGUGCCGAAUGCAUACUAUCAUUGUUGGAUAUAUUGUAUAUUUAGUAUAACAUCCGAAUCUAUAUUUUGUGUGGAUAUAUAGCAAAACUUUGUAUAUUUGCAAAUAUACUAUUAUUUAUCACGAUAUGUUAUGGUUAAUGAAAAAAGAAGAAUCAUAUCACGAAAUAUAGUUUGACUUGAAAAUGUCAUUAAAAUUAACAAA